CAAACAGAUCAAAGGUCAGAGCUGGGGCCCAGACCAGGUCUGGCCAGGUGGACAGCACAGCAUGAGGCUGCUGAUUGUCCUGAGCCUGCUGUGUGGCUCAGGGGCCGUCCCGAUGGGGCCGCAGUGGCCGGAGCCCGUGUUCGGGCGCCUGGCGUCCCCCGGCUUCCCUGGGGAGUACGCCAAUGACCAGGUGCGGCGCUGGAGCCUCACGGCCCCCCCGGGCUACCGCCUGCGCCUCUACUUCACCCACUUCGACCUGGAGCUCUCCUACCUCUGCGAGUAUGACUUCGUGAAGCUGAGCUCGGGGAGCGCGGUGCUGGCCACGCUGUGCGGGUGCGAGAGCACGGACACGGAGCGAGCCCCUGGCAACGACACCUUCUACUCCCCGGGCCCCCGCCUGGACGUCACCUUCCGCUCCGACUACUCCAACGAGAAGCCCUUCACCGGCUUCGAGGCCUUCUACGCAGCCGAGGACAUCGACGAGUGCCAGGUGUCGCCGGGAGAGGCGCCUGCCUGCGACCACCACUGCCACAACCACCUGGGAGGCUUCUACUGCUCCUGCCGCUCGGGCUACGUCCUCCACCGGGACAGGCGCACCUGCUCAGCAGCUCUGUGCUCGGGCCAGGUCUUCACUGAGCGCUCUGGGGAGUUCAGCAGUCCCGAGUACCCACAGCCGUACCCCAAACUCUCCAACUGCACGUACAGCAUCCGCCUGCAGGAGGGCUUCCGAGUCAGCCUGGACUUUGUGGGGUCCUUCGACGUGGAGGCACACCCCGACACCCAGUGCCCCUACGACUCCCUCCAGAUUCGGACAGACAGAGAGGAGUAUGGGAGAUUCUGCGGGGACACAAAGCCCCACCGAAUUCAGACGAACAGCAGCACCGUGACCGUCACCUUCACCACGGAUGAGUCAGGGGAGCACACGGGCUGGAAGAUCCGCUACUCAAGCACAGCACAGCCUUGUCCGGACCCGGUGGCGCCACCUAACGGCCGCGUGUCCCCGGUGCAAGCCACGUACAUCUUCCAGGACCGCGUCUCCGUGCAAUGUGAGGUCGGCUAUGAACUCCUGCAGGGAGACCUGCCCCUGAAGUCCUUCACUGCCGUCUGUCAGAGAGAUGGAGCCUGGGACCCCGCCCUGCCGGAGUGCAGCACUCAUGAGCCGGCUGCCAAGUCCACACCAGCAGUGUCCCAACAACUGGGUUCCGUUCUGGCCCACACUCAAGUUGUGGACUGUGGCCCUCCAGACCACCUGGCCAAUGGCCAGGUGCGCUACGUCACAGGCGCUGACGUGACCACGUACAAGGCUGUGAUCCAGUACAGCUGCGAGGGAACCUUCUACACCAUGAGUGCCGGGGACGGUGAAUACGUGUGUGAGGCGGAUGGAUUCUGGACGAGCUCCAAAGGAGAGAAAUCACUCCCCGUCUGCGAGCCUGUCUGCGGCCUCUCCGCCCGCACCACAGGAGGCCGCAUCUACGGAGGGCAGCACGCGAAGCCUGGCGAUUUUCCUUGGCAAGUCUUGCUGUUGGGCGAGACCACAGCAGCGGGCGCUCUUCUAUCUGACAGCUGGGUCCUAACAGCCGCGCACGCCAUCUACGGGCAGCGGGGAGAGCCGUCCUCCCUGGACAUUCGCAUGGGUGCCCUGCGAAGACUCUCACCUGACUACACCCGAGCCCGGGCCGAGGCCAUCUUCAUCCACGAAGGCUACGCCCAUGACGCUGGCUUCGACAACGACAUCGCACUGAUUAAACUGAGGGACAGAGUUGCUGUCAGCAGCACUGUCCUGCCCAUCUGCCUGCCCGAGAGAGGCGCGGGGUCCUACCUGAGGCCGAACGACCUGGGGACUGUAUCUGGGUGGGGACUAACCCAAAGGGGGUUCCUUGCUAGGAACCUGAUGUUUGUGGACGUUCCAGUUGUCGACCAGCAAAAAUGUGCUGCUGCGUAUGAAGGCACCCCCCACCCAGGGGCGAGGGUGACUGACAACAUGUUUUGUGCCGGCUUAGAAGGUGGGGGCAAGGACAGCUGUAGAGGCGACAGUGGGGGGGCCCUAGUGUUUCUCGAUAACGACACACAGAGGUGGUUUGUGGGGGGAAUCGUGUCCUGGGGCUCCGCGGACUGUGGGGAAGCAGCUCAGUACGGGGUAUACACCAAAGUCACUAACUACAUUCCCUGGAUCGAGGGCAUAGUCAGCAACUCCUCCGCGAGUGACGUCCACCCUUGAUCUCAGCCCAGAGGCUGACCAUCGAUAGCCAUGACUUCAGCCAGGGGAGCCCCACGGCACGGCUGAGCCGCAGGUCCCACACGGCGCGCGCGUCUGCCUCUUUACCAAGCCAAGGGGAAUCACGUUCAAUUACGUACACAGUCCGUA